AGAGCGUCGCGCUCACGAGACACGAGAGCUCCCCACACCGAGAUAAGCUCUCAGUGGUGACACCUCGGUGGGAUUUUAGACCCGGUCCUCCCGAAGGAACUACUACCUUUCACGCCGUUUGCAUCGGCGCUGUCCUCUUGGCGAGACCGCCACAUAGGUGAAAGGUCAGCGGGCCCUUCUCUCGGUCUGUGUGCAGCUUGAGGACCUCUAAAGAUGACAAGCAAAUCCAACAGUAUAGUUCUGGGUGGCAAGGCGUUGUCCUCCCCUCUUCUGUCCCCCCCAAACCGCCAACGUCUGGUCACCAAAGAUGGACGUUGCACGCUCCGCCCUCCCCCGCGUCCCUCGGGCUCAUGGCUCGGAGCGUCGAGCCACCGGGCCUGGCUGCUGGCCGUCCACGACAUGUGGGGACAGUUGGUGGGUCUGCGCUGGAGAUGGGUUCUCUUGGCCUUCUGCGCAUCCUUUGUGGCGCACUGGCUUCUUUUCGCGUGUCUGUGGUACUUGCUGGCCCACAUCAAUGGAGAUCUGGACGUGCUGGAUCACGACGCGCCUCCGCAGGGCCACGUGGUCUGCGUGAAGCACAUCACCAGCUUCACCGCCGCCUUCUCCUUCUCCCUUGAGACGCAGCUCACCAUCGGCUACGGCACCAUGUUCCCCAGCGGGGACUGUCCCAGUGCCAUCGCUCUGUUGGCCGUGCAAAUGCUGCUGGGGCUCAUGCUGGAGGCGUUCAUCACAGGUGCAUUUGUGGCCAAGAUUUCCUGUCCCCAGAAGCGAGCCGGGGCCAUCCAGUUCAGCCCCCAGGCCGUGGUGGGCCAACACCAGGGCCAAACGUGCCUCAUGCUGCGAGCGGCAAAUCUGCUGAGGCGCCCCCUGGUGGACGUGAAGGUGAGUGCCGUUCUCUACGAGGAGAACGACGGUCAAGCCCUGCACCAAACCUCCGUGGACUUCUUCGCGGAUCAUCUGGGCCAACAGCCUUGUCCCUUCUUCAUCUUCCCACUCACCUUCUUCCAUCCGCUGGACCGCCGCAGUCCGCUCUACCCGGCCCUGCAUGAGGACACGUCCAGUCAGUUUGAGCUGGUGGUGUUCCUCUCGGCCUCGCAGGAGGGAACGGGCGAUACCUGUCAGAAGCGGACCUCCUACCUUCGCCAGGAAAUCCAGUUCGACCGGCGCUUUGUGCCCGCCUUAGCGUUUGAUGCCCACGGGAGGUACAUGAUGAGCAACCAUCACUUCGACACGACGCACUCCAAGGAACCUCUAGACAAGGACUGUGUGGUGCAGAUCAAUGGUGACGGUAGCGACAGGAUGGAGUGAGGAAACCUGGUCCGCCAGGACAACGAGCCGUUUCUAAGGAGAUAUUUUCUAAAUCGUUUUUGGAUUGUGAGGCAUUUCCGUCUUAUCCAACAGAUCAUACCAAAAUGGUUCUUUUUCACGCUUGAACCCAAUACAGUCAAUUCCCAGGAAAUGUGCUUGAUUAUGGAUAUUAUGAAUUUCAUGUUAAGUUCACCGGUUGCAGAACAGCGGAACCUCGGUUAGCGUCAUUAAUCCGUUCCAGAAGGCCCGACUCACACUAAAACGUACUCUAACCAAAUCCAUUUUUGUAAGAAAUCAUGUCAACACAUUUAAUCUGUUUUAUAGAUUUACAAUUAUAGUUUUACAUGCAGAAGACAAUGCACAAAAAUGAGGAAUGAACGAGAUAAAUGAACAUUUUACGAGAGAUCCACAAAACGACACCUUCAUUACUUUGCUAUGAGUUAUUUCUUCAGUUCAGUAGCGUUUCUCACCGUUAUCAAAUGCUAGCACUUGCUACUUUCUUACUUUUUUUUUGCAGCUGUGAUCAAUAAGCACAGCAGAGACUUGUGGCGUAGUUAGCAAAGAAAUAGAGUCAACAGCUGGGGGACAAUGACUUCAUUUUCCAUUUUGUUAGCAUGCUAACAAUGACGUUGUGAGAUAAAAAAAAAUGCUAUGAAAACAAUUGGACCGGCGCCAUAUUGUACACUAACCACGAAAUGUAUGGCAACCGUGACAAAAUCAUUUCUAUUGUAAACCAAAAAAAACACGCUAACCAGGUGUAUGCUAACUGAGGUUUCGCCGAAAUGCAACUGUCAACAGGUACGAUCCGUACGGUACACACGCCGUUCUUAAUCUGUGUCUCGUCUCAAAUAGAAUACUUCCGUCAGUAUAGUACCGAGUACGCAAAUUCUGACACGGUAAUGCGGUUCCAGAUCGAUUACCGUGGUAGCGCACAUACCGGAAACGGGUCAGCGCUGCACUGUUGGUAUGGUACGGUAUGGUACGGUAUUGACGUAUACUGACAGAUGUAUCGAAUUUGAGACACUAAAGCUAAAUACUGGUAAUAACGUCACCAUUCUCACUCUAAAGAUAUACUUGUUCACAUAAAAACAAUGUCAGUUGACAAUUGACAGUAUUUUUGUAUUGAUGUGGUCAUCUCAGAUUGACACUUUGGUGCCUUGUGAAUUGAAUUAUGCAUCAUUAAGUUCAGUGCAGUACAGUUAAAUGUUGGUGUUGAUAAUGCGAUAAAAACCACCCACCAUUGAUUGCAUCUAAAGCUGACAAUCUGUAAUAAUUAUUUCGUAAUGUAUUGAUUGAUAAAAUACUUCUGUAACAAACAACAGAAACGCUUUAUUUGGGUGUCUGACAUUUUCUAACAAAGAAACGGAUGAAAUAGUACGUCUGAUUGCUAAAUGAUUGCUUGACUUUUGAAAAAUCAUUGCACAGAUCAACACUUUGGAGAUUGUUUUUUAUUUUAAUUAGCAACUUAGUAGCAUACAAAUGGGUGCUUGUAUUACAGAUAUUUUCAUUCGCACGAAGAGAAUCAAAUUGUUGUUGGAUAAGAUUUUGGAGCUGAUUGUGACAGGUGACUUGUCACGGCGUCUCACAUGCUUUGCUGCCUUUGUACAGUGUACA